AUGUCUGCUCGUGUGCUCGGCGCCGCAGCUUGUCUGCGCCGAGUCCUACCUACAACAGCGGCGCGCACAAUACGAGUGAUACAGCCCGCAGGCUUCGUGGUGGGAAGGCGGUACGCCUCUGUGGAUGCAACGACAUCAGAAGUUGAGCCAGUCGACGCGAGGAGGAGCAAGAAAUCGUCAACCAGGGCGGUCGUGAAGCAGCUCGAAUUCAUCAGCGAUCCUUGGGUCCUAGGCAAAUAUAUUGAAGACCUGCUUGCAAAAGACAAGUUCGAAGAUGCCUUGAAAACAGUUGAACUGGCGAGCAAGAAUAUGGACACCGUGGUAUCAUGGAACCAUCUCAUCGACUACCUGUUGAAGCAGCAGCAAAUAAAGAGAGCUAUGGCAACCUAUAACAAUAUGAAGAAGCGUGCACAAUUUGCCAACGCCCAGACGUACACCAUCAUGUUCCGAGGCCUCGCCAAGUCGCAGCAUCCCAAAAACGCCGUCGCGGAGGCCACCAAGCUCUUCCAGCAGCUCAAAAACGAUCGCCGCCUGCAGCCCAAUACGAUUCACCUCAACGCUGUGCUUAGCGUCUGCGCGCGCGCCUACGACAUUGACCAGCUCUUCCUCGUCGCCGGCGAGCUCGAGGACCUCGGGCUGGCGCCGACGGCCGCCACGUACGGCGUUAUCUUCAACGGUAUGCGCCAAUACAUGUGGCGCGAGUACAACGACCUCGACAAAGAGACCAAACAGGCCAACAUGGAUAAGAUGAUUGCCCGCGGCCAAAAUAUCUGGGUCGAGGUCCUGGACAAGUGGCGCCAGGGCCGGCUCAAGCUCGACGAGCCGCUUGUGUGCACCAUGGGUCGCCUGCAGCUCCUGUCCAAGGACCGCAAGGAGAAACUCCGCGUACUGGAUCUGCUAGAGCAAACCAUGGACAUCCCCAAUCUGGUUACCCAGGCGAAGCCGUUGUCGGCCACGUCCCAGGAGCCGUCCGAAUCCGGCGUGGUACCGAAUCCCCAGCGCAAGGGCGGCUUCGUCCAGCCCGGUCAGAACACGCUCGCCCUCAUACUCACCACGCUCCUAACGGGCCGGCAGACGGGCGCCGCCGCCGCCUACUGGAAUCUGCUCGUCCAUGACAACAAGCUCAUACCUGACAACGACAACUGGCUGCGCAUGAUUGGCGUGCUCAAGUCGUCCAAGUCCAGUGCACAGGCCGCGCAGAUUCUGGACACGCUGCCCGCCACCGGAAUUGAGGUUGAGGCGCGCUCCUUUGGCAUCGCCAUGGAGGCCUGCGUCCGCGACAACAUCAACCCGCACGUCAUGACGCACGCGACACGCAUCCUGCGCACCAUGCAGGCCCGCCUUGCCCCAACGCCCGACAUGCACACCAUGCGCCUCUAUCUCCGCGUCGCCCUCGUCAGCCACGCCGCCUUUCGCGGGCGCGCCAGCACCGGCGACGAGGUCGGUGCCAAGGCCGCCUAUGGCCGCCAGAUCGCCACGGCCCUCGCCGAGCUCUGGCACCCCUACAUUGAGCUCUACAACAAGUACUUCAAGAGCGAGGCCGCCACCUCGGCCGCCACCGGCGGCGACAAGCGCGCCGCUGGCAUGCUGUACACCAACCAGAAGGAGGUCAUCGCCCUCGGCCGCAUCAUGGUCGGCGCCUUUUCCAAAGUCAUUGAGGAAAAGAUGCUGCCCGGCAACAACAACCGGGACAUGAUCAUUGCCUCGGCCAAGAUCAACAAGGGCGUCACCGCCUUCUUCGCCGACAGGGAGCUACGCGAGCCCAAGCUCAACACCCAAGCGACGGCGGCUCGGAAGCGCGCCGAUCUGCAGCGGCCGCCGCAGCAGGACGAGGACGGGAGCGCGAAGAAAAAGUCCUUGUUUGACAUUGAAAUGCCGGAGCUCAACGACAGAGUGGCUGGUGAUGCGAAGCAUACGAGCCAGUCGCGGCCGGGCGCCGACUUUGUAUGGAACACUAGGAAAAUGAGCGCUCAAAAGGACAAAGCGAAGCAGACGCAGUACAAGAAGAGCGAGUGGGAUGCCCAAACGCCAGUGAUUGAUCGAUGGAUUUCUCUGUCGGAUGGGAAAGAUGACUCAGCAAAGCUUGAAGAAACACAUAAUGAUGGCUUCAUCCCCAUCAAGCCUGCAGCUGAGGAUGCGGCAGCCAACGCUGGAUGCACAGGAGAACUCAACGCCGCCGCAUCGGACAGCGCCGACCGAGCCAAUGCAUCUCUCUGGGCUUCCCUCAUGGCUAGAAAAAGCUAA